CUCUUUAUCCUUAACACGAGGAGAUCGUGGGUGGCAAAGAUGAUAGUGUCUGUAAUUUCCUUAGCCAUCAUUUUACAGUGGGUAAAUGGAAGUCCCAGCAGCCCCAACCACCUGCAUAGACAUGGCCAUUAUCUCCCUAGGAACACUACUAGAAACCAGAACUCUGUGCUUAGUUACAUGUACAUGAAGUACCUAGAUUGGAACAGAGAUAUUAAUGCCUCCGAGAAUGAGCUUUUGGCAGAUGGCAUUAAUAAGAAAUGUGGGGCCCAUGAAUACUUUUCUGAAAAGAAAAAUAGGUGCCUCAGAUGUUCUUGUUGUAAUGUUGUGAGCCGCCAUGACAAAACCAAAACAAGGAAACUAACUCCCCUCACGGAAUGUACAAGUAACUCCCAA